UCCUGCCCAGGAGUUCAUGGAGGAGCUGAACCGCAAACAGCCGGACGUGGAGAAGGUCACCAAAACCUGCAAGCGCAAGCUGGCCCCGGAGCUGGGGCCGCCGACCACCCGCAGGCUGGCUGCAGGGCGACGCAGCGCGGUGAAACCCACCCGCACCACCCCCCAGGUGCCGCUCAUCGACCUGGCGCCCCAGAGCCCCCCCAUGGCGCAGCUCCUGCACCGCUGGCAGCAGCUCUGGCUCCUGGCCUUGGACCGGCAGUACCGGCUGCAGAGUGCCCUGCAGCGGCUGCGCGAGGUGGAGGAGUUUGCGCACUUUGACUUUGGCGUCUGGAGGAAGCGGUACAUGCAGUGGAUCAGCCACAGGAAAUCCCGCAUCCUGGAUGUUUUCCGAGGCAUCGACCGGGACCAGGAUGGGCGGAUCAGCCAGCGGGAGUUCGUCCAGAGCGUCCUCUCCUCCAAAUUCCCCACUAAUGUCCUGGAGAUGAGCGCUGUGGCCAGUAUCUUUGAUAUGAACAGUGAUGGCUUCAUUGAUUACUACGAGUUCGUCAGCGCUCUGCACCCCAGCCGGGACCCGCUGCGGAGGGUCGCUGACGCUGACCAGAUCCAGGAUGAGGUAAACCGGCAGGUGGCCCAGUGCAGCUGCGCCAAGCGCUUCCAGGUGGAACAGAUCAGUGCCAAUCGGUACCGGUUCGGGGAGUCGCAGCAGCUGCGCAUGGUGCGGAUCCUGCGCAGCACCUUGAUGGUGCGAGUGGGGGGAGGCUGGAUCGCGCUCGACGAGUUCCUGGUGAAGAACGACCCCUGCAGAGUGAAGGGUCGGACCAACCUGAAGAUCAAUGAGAAAUACCUGUCUCCAGACGCCUUAGGGGCCACGACCGCCGGUGCCGGCAGCCAGUCAGCCCCCCCCUCCAAAGUGCUGUCCCCCAGCCGCUCCAACUCCAGCCUCAGCCUCUACAGCAGCGCCUCAGCCCCCAGCAGCCCCCUGGCCAGGAAGGCUGUCCUGCGCCGGACGCGCUCCGGAGACCGCUGCCCCCGUUCCCGCAGCUCCCUCCUGGCUGACGGGGCUGAGCUGAGCUUCUCCGCCCCCCAGGCCAGCACAGAGGCUGCGCCCCCAGAGCCCCCCGAAGGCCCCCCCACCUGAGAGCGCAGCCCGAGAGCACCCGUCGGAGCGGCCCCCCGGCCCCAGGGAUGGGCAGGCGCCCUCCCCGGCCCAGCCCGAGCCCCAUUCAGGAUUUUCUGCCCUUCUCGAUGGCUGCGCCAGCAGAGCCGCUUCCACGCCGCAGAUGUGGCUCCAAGGCGGGAGAGGGUGGAAGACCCCGGCCCCAACCCUUCAGCAGAGAGCUGUGUGUAUGUGUGUGUGUGUGAACCUCGGGGUGUGUGUGUGUGUGUGUGUGUGUACCUCCGUGUGUACCUCGUGGGGUGUAUGUGUACAUGUGUGUGAACCUCGCAGGGUGUGUACCUGCAUGUGUACCUCACAGGGUCUGUGUGUGCACCUCGGGGGGGGGGGGGUCUGCCUGCGCAUGUGUCACGGAGUCCCCGGGAGAUGCU